AUGAUUCAAGCAUUACUAGAUAAUCCUGAUCGACGAUACAUUUAUGUCGAAAUGGCUUUUUUUUGGCGUUGGUGGAAUCAACAAUCGGAUGACAUGCGUAAUACAGUUCGACAACUCGUCAACGAAGGUCGUCUCGAGUUCAUCUCAGGUGGUUGGUCGAUGCAUGAUGAAGGGGCAACACACUACAAUUCAAUUAUUGAUCAACACAGUUUAGGUGCUGAGUUUUUACGUGAUCAGUUUGGUGAUUGUGCUCGACCGAAAAUUGGUUGGCAAAUCGAUCCGUUUGGUCAUUCACGAGAAGUGGCUUCACUCUUUGCACAGAUGGGUUUCGAUGGUCUUUUCUUUGGACGAGCUGAUUAUCAAGAUAUUGCAAAACGAAAUAUAACAAAAACUAUGGAAAUGAUUUGGAAAGGGAGCGCCAACUUAGAUCGUCAAAGUUGGCUGUUUACGGGUAUUCUACCACACGGAUAUGAUGCGCCAGAAUCACUCUGUUUUGAUAUCCUUUGUACGGAUGCACCGAUUAUGGAUGACGCUCGUUUACACGAUUACAAUGUUCCUGAACGUGUUCAAACUUUUAUCAAUGCUGCACAUAAUGAGCAAGCAAAUGGUAGUGAUGUUAAUGUUUUCUACUCAACACCAUCAUGCUACUUGUAUGCUUUGAAUCAAGCGAACAAACAAUGGACAUCGAAAACAGACGACUUUUUUCCUUAUGCCACUCAUUCACAUGCCUUCUGGACAGGCUAUUAUACUUCACGAGCUACUCUCAAAGGUUAUGAACGUUACUCGAACAAUAUUCUUCAAGUUACACGUCAAUUAAAUGCAUUCUCACAAAGCAAUCGACGCAAUACUAUUUUCUAUUUGAGUGAAGCGAUGGGGAUUGUUCAACAUCAUGACGCUGUUAGUGGAACAGAGAGACAGCAUGUUGCCAAUGAUUAUGUUCAACGAUUAUCUGAAGGAAUCGACAAAGUAGUAUAUACCCCAAUUUCAGACACCACAAAAAUGAUUCCUGGUCGAACAAGUGCUGCUCAAAAUCAGUAUAUCUUCGAAGCACAAUUACCUGCACUUGGCUACAAUACUUACUACUUCGAAGCUAGAAGCUUUCCCAGCAACAGUACUCAGGGAUUUGAAGCAUCUGGUGCCUACAUGUUUCGACCGUUGAGUUCUCAUGCACAACCAGUAAGCGCCCAACGUACCAUAAAUUGUACAAAAACAAAAAUAUUACAAUCGGCAUUCAUUGUCUUCAACUCAUGGGUCACUCAGCAGAUCACUCUCUAUCCAGAAGCAUCAGCUGUUGAAAUCGAAUGGACAUUGGGUCCUAUUCCUAUUGAUGAUAAUGUUGGAAAAGAGAUUGUUAUUCGUUACGAUACCAAUAUCAACAGUGCAUCGAAAUAUUAUACAGAUGCCAAUGGACGUGAAGUACUUGAACGUAUUCGUAAUUAUCGACCUACAUGGAAUUAUUCGAGUGAUGAACCAAUAAGUGGAAAUUAUUAUCCAAUAAACAGUCGCAUCUGGAUUCGAGAUAACCAAACUCAAUUAACUAUACUCACUGAUCGAUCGGAAGGUGGUGGGAGUAUGUAUGAUGGCUCCAUCGAAAUUAUGCUUCAUCGUCGAAUUCUGUAUACCGAUGGAGUUAGUCUUAAUGAAGCAUUAAACGAAACAGCCUAUGGCAAAGGUCUUGUUGUUCGUGGUAAACAUUAUCUUUUUGUUGAAUCUCCUUCCAAUAGUGCUCGCAUGCAUCGAAUUAGUGCUCAAAGCUUGUUUCUAUAUCCUCUAGCUACAUAUUCACUGCCUGAUACAUCAUCUUAUAUAAACUAUUCGAUGAUUUAUCGCCAAACAUGGUCGGCUCUAGCAGACAUAAUGCCACUCAAUGUCCAUCUCUUGACAUUUGAUCAAUUGAGUCCGAAAGAAUAUCUUGUUCGUCUCGAACAUUAUUUUGAAUUGAAUGAAGAUGAUACAUAUUCACAACCAGUCACUAUUGAUCUACAAGAUGUGUUCAAAACUAUUGGCACAAUUGUUCAUGUACAAGAAAUGAUACUCACUGCCAAUUUACCUUUGUCGGACUUGCAUAGACUAGAGUGGAUCACUAAUAAUGGUGAAUCAUCACAUCUUCACAUGCCGCGUAAGUUUGAUAUUAUUUGA